AUGGAGACGCAUCACCUCCUCCGAGCGACCCUCUUCUUCCUCCCUUUCUUCCUCGCGGCGCGAGCCGUCCGCCCCUCCUUCUUCGACGACCCAUCCAGCAACCCCCUCGGAAUACCCGGCUUCACGGGGAUGAUCGCCGGCGUCGCAGAGGGCUACGCCGGCGAGUGGGAACUGGUCUCCACCAGCUCCGGCGUCUCUGCAAUGCACAUGGUGAUCACCCACACCAACAAAGCCAUCAUGUUCGACGCCACCAACUUCGGCAAGACCAAGGUCCCCCUCGUGGCGAACAACUGCCGGACGGACACGAAAACGCAGAAGCUGGACUGCACAGCCCACGCCGUGGAAUACGACAUCGAAACUGGGAAGAUCCGGCCGCUCAAGGUCCCGCUCGUCGUCACAGUCGGAUGGAUCUUUCCUUGCUUGUAAGUAAUGGUCAUGUACUCAGAGGGUUCUUCCCCCCUCUUCCCAGGUCUCGACCAAUCCCUGGUGCUCGUCGGGCGGGUUUGCGCCGGACGGGACGCUGGUGCAGACUGGCGGAUGGAACGACGGCGGCAAAGCGGUGAGAUAUCUCCAAAUUUGUGACACCUGUGACUGGAAGGAAUAUCCAGCUGCUCUUUCUGGGCAACGAUGGUUAGUAUGGCUGCUUUUUCCUUCCGAGGGGCCACUCGUUCUCGUGGGAUCGACGUGGCAAUGGCUAAUGCUCUCGCGGCGGUGCAGGUACGCCACGCAGCAGAUCCUCCCCGACGGCAGCUUCAUCCUGAUCGGUGGGCGCCGGCAGUUCGGGUACGAGUUCGUGCCGAAGGAGGGGAAAUCCAAUAAGGCCGCCUACUGGCUCCCCCUCCUCCGGCAGACCACCGACGAGGUAGAGGACAACCUCUACCCUUUCGUCCAUCUCUCCACAGACGGCAACCUCUUCGUCUUCGCCAACAAUCGCUCCAUCCUCCUCGACUACAAGGCCAAUAAGGUCAUCCGGGAAUUCCCCUCACUCGUGGGCGGUUCUCGCAACUACCCCGCCUCGGCCAUGUCGGUCCUCCUGCCGAUCAACCUCCAGCGGCCCAGCGGCAAGAAGAUCCCCGCAGAGGUUCUGGUCUGCGGCGGCUCCCCACCGCUGUCGGCCAAAUUGGCCGGGAGAGGGACGUUUCUUCCAGCCCUGAGCACCUGCGGGAGGCUCGUCAUCACCAAAGCUAAGGCCGUGUGGAGGAUGGAGAUCAUGCCCAUCCCUCGUGUCAUGGGCGACAUGCUCCUGCUGCCCAACGGCGAGGUCCUCAUGCUCAACGGCGCCUCCAAGGGCUCCGCUGGGUGGGGAUUCGCCCGCGAGCCGGCGCUCAGCCCGGUGCUGUACUCGCCGAAGAAGCCGCGCGAGCAGAGAUUCAGAACCCUAAACCCCACCACCAUCCCCCGCGUUUACCACUCCACCAGCGCCCUGCUGCCCGACGGCCGGAUUCUGGUCGCCGGAAGCAACACGAACGACGGGUACUACUACACCGGCGUGCUGUUUCCCACCGAACUGAGGGUGGAGAAGUUCUCCCCACCGUACUUGGACCCUCUCCUUCAGACCAGCCGGCCGGAGAUCUCUGCGCACGGCGUCUCCGGCAAUCUCAAGUACGGUGUUAGCUUCACGGCCGACUUCGGGAUGGCCGGCGUGGAACUGGACAGAGCAGAGCUCAAGGUCACCAUGUACGCUCCACCAUUUACCACCCACGGGUACUCGAUGAUCCAGCGGCUGCUCAUUUUGAAGAUCACCGACGUGGAGAUCUCCGGAGCCGGAACCUACAAGGUAACCACGGUGGCGCCGCCGUCGGCGGUGAUCGCGCCUCCGGGAUACUACAUGCUGUUCGUGGUGCACCAAGGCGUCCCGAGCAAGGCCGCGUGGGUUCACAUCCAGCAGUAG